AUGAAGGCAGCCUUCCCUCCUCUACCUCCUCAGAUCUAUGACUUCAUGGACUUGCUGGCGGCCGAGCACCCACAGCUUGUCAGCAAGCUCCAGAUCGGCAGCAGCUACGAAGGCCGUCCCAUCUACGUGCUGAAGUUCAGCACCGGGGGGAACAACCGUCCAGCCAUCUGGAUUGACACGGGCAUCCAUUCUCGGGAGUGGGUCACCCAGGCCAGUGGGGUCUGGUUUGCAAAGAAGAUCACACAAGACUAUGGCCAGGACCCGACUUUGACUGCCAUUCUGGACAACAUGGACAUAUUCUUGGAGAUCGUCACCAACCCUGAUGGUUUUGCCUUCACCCACAGCAAGAAUCGAUUGUGGCGCAAGACUCGAUCCCUGACGUCGGGCUCCACCUGCAUUGGGGUGGACCCCAACAGGAACUGGGACGCUGGCUUUGGGAGUAAGGCCCAGUGUGGUUUGGGGAGCAGGGAUGGGACGCCCCAGAAUGGCUUCUUACUGUCCUUUGUCCUGUCACCUCCCAACCCUCUCCUGCCGCAGCAGUGGGGGCAUGUGGAGGCGGGAGCCAGCAGCAACCCCUGCUCGGAGACUUACCGUGGCAAGUUUGCCAAUUCCGAAGUGGAGGUCAAGUCCAUCGUGGACUUUGUGAAAGACCACAGGAACAUCAAGGCCUUCAUCUCCAUCCACAGCUACUCCCAGCUCCUCUUGUAUCCCUUUGGCUACAAAAAAGAAUCACCUGCAGACAAGGAUGAGCUGGAUCAGGUGGCUAGGUCUGCUGUUGAGGCCCUGACCUCUCUGUAUGGGACCAAGUUCAAGUAUGGCAGCAUCAUCACAACAAUUUACCAAGCCAGUGGAGGCACCAUUGACUGGACCUACAACCAGGGCAUCAAGUACUCCUUCACCUUUGAGCUCCGGGACACUGGGCGCUAUGGCUUCCUGCUGCCGGCCUCCCAGAUCGUCCCCACGGCCCAGGAGACAUGGCUGGCGCUUCUGACCAUCAUGGAGCACACGCUGAAUCACCCCUACUGA